AUGUCGUCAAAUAAUGGAAAGGCAGAUAUUGCACUCAUUGGUCUGGCUGUUAUGGGCCAAAAUAUCAUCUUGAAUAUGAACGAUCACGGCUUUGUGGUUUGCGCUUACAAUAGAACAGUUCAAAAGGUCGAACACUUCUUACAAAAUGAAGCAAAAGGUACUAAUGUUGUUGGUGCUAAAAGCAUUGAAGAAAUGGUCUCUUUAUUAAAGAAGCCGCGCAAAGUGAUGACGUUAGUUAAAGCUGGAAGAGCAGUGGAUGCACUUAUCGAACAAUUGGUUCCUUUGUUAGAGGCUGGAGAUAUCAUUAUUGAUGGUGGAAAUUCACAAUAUACCGAUACCCAGCGUCGAUAUAAUGAACUAAAAACUAAGGGUAUUUACUACUUGGGCUGUGGUGUUUCUGGAGGAGAAGAUGGAGCUCGGUAUGGACCUUCUUUGAUGCCCGGAGGUGCCGCAGAAGCUUGGCCGUCACUUAAGCCAAUCUUCCAGUCCAUUGCAGCUAAAGUAGGAACUGAACCCUGCUGUGAUUGGGUUGGUAGCGAUGGAGCGGGCCACUUUGUUAAGAUGGUACACAACGGCAUUGAAUAUGGUGAUAUGCAGCUUAUCUGCGAAGCUUACCAUUUGAUGAAAGAUUCUCUUGGAAUGAGUGAUGACGAAAUGAGUUCGGUUCUGAAAGAGUGGAAUAAAGGUGAACUCGAUUCAUUUUUAAUUGAAAUCUCUGGUGAUAUAUUAGCCUAUAAAGAUAGUGAUGGGCAACCAUUAUUAGAAAAGAUAAGAGACGCUGCUGGUCAGAAAGGAACUGGCAAAUGGACUGCUAUUUCUGCUCUUGAUUUCGGCAUGCCUGUAACAUUAAUUGGUGAAGCCGUGUUUGCUAGAUGUUUAUCGUCUUUGAAAGAUGAGCGUGUUCGAGCUAGUAGCGUAUUGAAAGGCCCUUCUAGUGCAAAGUAUACUGGUGACAAGAAGGAAUUUAUCGAAAAUAUUCGAAAGGCGUUAUAUGCUUCGAAAAUUGUAUCUUAUGCGCAAGGCUUUAUGCUAUUGCGCGAGGCCGCAAAACAGUUUAACUGGACGUUAAAUUAUGGCUCGAUUGCUUUGAUGUGGCGAGGUGGAUGUAUUAUUAGGAGUGUGUUCUUGGGCAAUAUCAAAUCCGCGUUUGAUAAAAACCCUAAUUUGGAAAGUUUAUUAUUAGAUGAUUUUUUCCAUUCUGCAAUUGAUUCCUGCCAAGAAUCCUGGCGUAAAGUUGUGGCAAAUGCUGUAUUACUUGGAAUACCUACUCCAUCAUUCAGUUGCGCUUUGGCCUUUUAUGACGGCUAUCGCUCGUCCCGCCUACCUGCUAAUUUAAUCCAGGCACAACGUGAUUACUUUGGAGCUCAUACCUACGAGUUACUUUCCAAUCCCGGACAGUUUAUCCAUACUAAUUGGACUGGUCAUGGCGGAUCGGUUUCUGCAUCUACAUACCAAGCUUAAUCUCUUAGUUCUAGCUAUCAUUUAUCUCCUUCAAG